AAGCCCCGUCCUCAUCCCCUGCCCUUCCCUCGGACCAGAGUCACAGUCUCUCUCGUUCUACGGCGAAUACAACACGAAAAUUACAAAAACCCGUCAUAUAUACACACACACACACACACUAACAUAUAUAGAUAAUAUAUAUCCCUUGUUCUAGGGUUCUUUGAUUGCUAUCAUAGGGCGCUAAAGCUCGCAUUUUGCGAAACCCGUGAAGUUCCCGAAUUCAGAUUCGCUGAGCAGAACAGCCAUGCCGCUCCGCCGGAGAGACGAGGACGACGACGAAAUGGAGCCGGAGGACGACGAGGAUUACGGCGAGGAGCGGGAGCAAGCCCUAGACGAUGAGGAAUUGGAGGCGGAGGAGGAGGAAGAAGAAGAAGAUGAGCGAAGAGGCGGUUCGAACAGGAAGCGGAGGAGAUCGGAUUUCAUCGACGACGUGGCGGAGGAGGACGACGAAGAGGAGGAGGACGACGAUGAGGACGAUUAUGGUGGGGGCCGCAGAGGAGGAGGUGGCGGGCGGCGCAACAAGAAGCCCUCGGGGUCUCAGUUUUUCGAUCUCGAGGCAGAGGUCGACAGUGACGAGGAUGAAGAUGAGGAUGAGGGCGAGGAUGACUUCAUAGAUAGAGAUGACGUGGCUGAGGAAGAUGAUGAUAGAAGGAUGCACCGUCGCCCAUUGCUUCCACGGGAGGAUGACCAAGAAGAUGUUGAAGCUCUUGAGAGAAGAAUUCAGGAAAGAUACGCAAGGUCUAGUCAUACAGAGUAUGAUGAGGAGACCACAGAUGUAGACCAGCAAGCUCUUCUUCCAUCUGUUAGAGAUCCAAAGUUGUGGAUGGUGAAAUGUGCGAUUGGUAAAGAGCGAGAGGUUGCUGCUUGCUUAAUGCAAAAGUUCAUUGAUAAAGGAUCUGAACUGCAAAUAAAAUCUGUUAUUGCUCUGGAUCAUCUGAAGAACUAUAUCUAUAUAGAAGCAGACAGAGAAGCCCAUGCGAAGGAGGCUUGCAAAGGUCUACGCAACAUAUAUGCCCAGAAAGUAAUGCUUGUUCCCAUUAGAGAAAUGACAGAGGUUCUUUCAGUUGAAAGCAAAGCAAUAGAUCUUUCUAGGGAUACUUGGGUCAGGAUGAAAAUUGGAACGUAUAAAGGAGACCUUGCAAAAGUAGUUGACGUGGAUGAUGUAAGGCAGCGAGUUACAGUGAAGUUAAUUCCAAGGAUAGACUUGCAGGCUCUUGCAAAUAAAUUGGAGGGUAGAGAAGUUGUAAAAAAGAAGGCAUUUGUUCCUCCUCCACGUUUUAUGAAUAUAGAUGAGGCUAGAGAGCUGCACAUUAGGGUGGAGCGCAGACGAGAUCCGAUGACGGGUGAUUACUUUGAGAAUAUUGGUGGCAUGUUGUUUAAGGAUGGUUUCCUAUAUAAAACAGUAUCAAUGAAAUCUAUUAGUGCUCAAAAUAUAAAACCCACCUUUGACGAGCUUGAAAAAUUCCGGAAACCUGGUGAGAAUGGCGAUGGAGAUUUAGCUAGUCUGUCCACUUUAUUUGCAAACAGAAAAAAGGGCCACUUUAUGAAGGGUGAUGCAGUUAUCGUUGUUAAGGGUGAUCUCAAAAAUUUGAAAGGAUGGGUUGAGAAAGUGGAGGAAGAAAAUGUUCAUAUUAGGCCAGAAAUGGAAGACCUUCCAAAAACUCUAGCUGUUCAUGAGAAAGAGCUUUGCAAGUACUUUGAACCUGGGAACCAUGUGAAAGUUGUAUCUGGUACUCAAGAAGGUGCAACUGGUAUGGUUGUUAAGGUCGAUCAGCAUGUGCUCAUUAUAUUAUCUGAUACAACAAAGGAGGAUAUCCGUGUAUUUGCUGAUGAUGUUGUGGAGAGCUCUGAGGUGACAACUGGUGUCACAAGAAUUGGGGAUUAUGAACUUCAUGAUCUUGUCUUACUGGAUAAUAUGAGCUUUGGUGUAAUCAUACGUGUGGAAAGUGAAGCAUUUCAGGUGCUGAAGGGAGUUACGGAUAGGCCUGAGGUUUCUACUGUGAAGUUGAGAGAGAUCAAAUGCAAGCUUGAUAGGAAAACUAGUGUGCAAGAUCGGUAUAAGAACACAGUAUCUGUAAAAGAUGUUGUGAGGAUCCUUGACGGCCCUUGCAGAGGAAAACAAGGUCCAGUAGAACACAUAUACAAGGGAGUUUUGUUUAUCUACGAUCGCCAUCACUUUGAGCAUGCAGGUUUUAUUUGUGCAAAGUCCCAGUCAUGUAUGAUUGUGGGAGGAUCACGUGGCAGUGGAGAUAGAAACGGUGAUUCAUAUGCCAGAUUUUCCCAUCUCAGAACUCCAUCUCAUGUUCCCCAAUCCCCAAGACGAAUUUCUAGGGGAGGGCCUCCAAUUGACCAUCGUGGAAGGGGUAGAGGUGGCAGAGGGCAUGAUGGCCCUACCGGUACUACAGUGAAAAUUUGCAAGGGUCCCUUUAAGGGUUAUCGCGGUCGUGUUAAAGAAUUUAAGGGACAAACUGUUCGGAUUGAAUUGGAGUCUCAAAUGAGGGAGGUUACAGUUGAUCGUUCAUGUAUAUCAGACAACUUAACUGUUACAACCCCGUAUCGUGAUACCUCUAGAUAUGGUAUGGGAAGCGAGACGCCCAUGCAUCCUUCUCGAACUCCUCUACAUCCGUAUAUGACCCCCAUGAGAGAUUCUGGAGCAACACCAAUUCAUGAUGGCAUGAGAACACCUAUGAGAGAUAGAGCUUGGAAUCCUUAUACACCAAUGAGUCCACCAAGGGAUAAUUGGGAGGAUGGGAACCCUGCUUCUUGGGGAACCAGUCCACAGUAUCAGCUGGGAAGUCCUCCUUCACGUCCAUAUGAAGCACCAACUCCUGGUUCAGGUUGGGCCAACACCCCUGGUGGCAACUAUAGUGAAGCUGGAACGCCAAGGGAUAAUAGUUCUGCUUAUGCCAAUGCUCCAAGCCCAUACCUGCCAUCGACUCCUGGUGGGCAGCCUAUGACUCCAAAUUCAGCAUCCUAUCUUCCUGGGACUCCUGGAGGGCAGCCGAUGACACCAGGCACUGGGGGUCUGGAUUUUAUGUCUCCUGUUACCGGCGGAGAAAAUGAUGGACCAUGGUUUAUACCAGACAUAUUGGUCAAUAUACGCAGGUCUGGAGAAGAAUCUAUUGGAGUCAUCCGAGAGGUGCUCACGGAUGGCUCUUGUAGGGUAGCUCUCGGGUCGAGUGGCAAUGGCGAAAUGAUGGUGGUCCUGCCUAGUGAGGUGGAGGUUGUGGUGCCAAGGAAAAAUGACAGAAUCAAGAUCAUGGUUGGUGCACUGCGCGGUGCCACCGGCAAGCUGAUCGGAGUAGAUGGUACUGAUGGAAUUGUAAAGGUAGAAGACACUCUUGAUGUUAAGAUCUUGGACUUGGCUAUUCUUGCAAAGCUAGCCUAACCAUGAUUCUAAUAAAACAAAAAUUCAGUGUAUAUUGUUAUUAUUUUCUUUUUGCAAAUUAUUUGGGGGAUCCUCGUCGAUUAGAAAUGCUCCUUGCGUCAUUUGGAAUAUUA